CACACUGAUUUAUGUCAGUACAUGGACAAGCACCCUGGGGGGCUGCAUCCAGACAAUGUGAAGUUGUUUUUAUUUCAGUUGCUGCGAGGGCUGUCUUACAUCCACCAGCGUUACAUUUUGCACAGAGACCUGAAGCCACAGAACCUUCUGAUCAGUGACACGGGGGAGUUAAAGCUGGCAGAUUUCGGUCUUGCAAGAGCAAAAUCCGUCCCUAGCCACACAUACUCCAAUGAAGUGGUUACCUUGUGGUACAGACCUCCAGAUGUCCUCCUGGGCUCGACAGAGUAUUCCACCUGCCUUGACAUGUGGGGAGUUGGCUGCAUCUUUGUGGAAAUGAUCCAAGGGGUUGCUGCUUUUCCAGGAAUGAAGGACAUUCAGGAUCAGCUUGAACGAAUAUUUCUGGUUCUUGGAACACCAAAUGAGGACACAUGGCCUGGAGUUCAUUCUUUACCACAUUUUAAACCAGAACGCUUUACCGUGUACAGCUCUAAAAACCUGAGACAAGCAUGGAAUAAGCUCAGCUAUGUGAACCAUGCAGAAGACCUGGCCUCCAAGCUCCUACAGUGUUCCCCAAAGAACAGACUAUCAGCACAGGCAGCCUUGAGCCACGAGUAUUUUAGUGACCUGCCCCCACGGCUAUGGGAACUGACCGAUAUGUCUUCUAUUUUUACCAUCCCAAAUGUAAGAUUGCAACCAGAAACUGGAGAAAGCAUGCGGGCCUUUGGAAAAAACAAUAGUUACGGCAAAAGUCUAUCAAAUAGCAAGCACUGACAAGCACAGAGUUCUCAAGAAAGUGCAGGUACUCUAGGAGACAAGAUACAACUACUGCCUGGAAGGGCCC